AUGGCCCCACCGGGUGAGGCCAUCGUCCUCGUGAACCAAGACACCGAGGACAUGGCGGGCGAAGUUGCCGCCCUUCCUCCCCCCUCCCCCUCUCCCCUCAUCCUUGCUGAGACGGAUCUGGGUGGCGAAUCCAGCACCGAUGCCUAUGAUGAGAGCACGGGACUCCUUUCCCACAACGACACGGGAAAAUCCGAACACGGCAUGAGAAAACACUGGGGCACUUGGAUCAAAACCUUGCUGCUGGUCGCCCUUUUGAUUCUAGCCGCCGUCGCCUUUGCCAUGAAUGAGGAAGAAGAUCUCAUUGGCCAACUCAUCGUCAUUGCCGAUGGCGCGGGCACCGAGGUCCCCAUCACCACACGACAAACAGUCCUUGACAUCAGUUUGAGAGCGUCCGACUCCUCCAACAGCACCGUCACAAGCACCAUCGCCCUUUCAAAUGGCAAUAUAGUCGCUGGCCCAACCUUUGACUUGGAACCCCACGCCUCAACCAGCGAAGCUGAUUACAUCACACAGCGUGUCGAGCUUCCAAGCCGUGCCGACUCUAUCACACUGGGCACCGCAGAGGACAUCAACCUGGCGCUGCUCGUGCGCAUUGAGGGCCUUUCUUCCUUGGUGAAAUACGAGGUUAUCUUUGCCGCUCUGAUCCUGGUCUUGGUCUACGUCCUCAUCAUUUUUGAGCUGAUCCACCGUGCCUUGGCCGCCAUGCUGGGCGCGUUCAUGACACUCGGUGUCCUAUCCGUCCUGGGCAAACAACCCUCUUUGGCCACCAUCGUUGGCUGGAUUGACUACGAAACGGUCAUGCUGCUCUUUGGCAUGAUGAUCAUUGUUAGCAUUCUCUCCGAGACUGGCAUCUUCGAGUGGGCUGCUGUCAAAGCUUACAAGCUCUCCAACGGAUCCAUUUGGAAGCUCCUCAUCAUGCUCUGCAGCUUCAGUGCCAUUGUCUCUGCCUUCUUGGACAACGUGACGACCAUUCUCCUCCUGACCCCCGUCACCAUCCGCAUGUGCAAUGUCAUCGGCCUGGACCCCACCCCGGUUCUCUUGGCCGAAGUCAUCUUUUCAAACAUUGGUGGCACGGCAACAGCCGUGGGCGACCCGCCCAACGUCAUUAUCGUUAGCAGCGACUGGAGUGUGAAUGGGGAAAAGGACAUUCAGUUCACCGAAUUUACGGCCGCUGCUCCUGCUGAGGAGACUGCUGAGGAGGCCGCUCCCGCUGAGGAGGCCGCUGCUCCUGCUGAGGAGUCUGCACCCACUGAGGAAGCCGCUGCUCCCGCUGAGGAAGCCGCUCCCGCUGAGGAGGCCGCUGAGGAAGCCGCUGAGGAAGCUGCUGCUCCCGCUGAGGAGACUGCUGAGGAGGCCGCUGCUCCCACUGAGGAGUCUGCACCCGUUGAGGAAGCCGCUGCUCCCACUGAGGAGCCUGCUCCUGCUGAGGAGUCUGCACCCGCUGAGGAAGCCGCCGCUCCCGCUGAGGAGGCCGCUGCUCCUGCUGAGGAGACUGCUGAGGAGGCCGCUGCUCCCACUGAGGAGUCUGGUUCUGCUGAGGAGUCUGCACCCGCUGAGGAAGCCGCUGCUCCCACUGAGGAGUCUGCACCCGUUGAGGAAGCCGCUGUUCCCGCUGAGGAGGCUGCACCCGUUGAGGAAGCCGCUGCUCCCACUGAGGAGCCUGCUCCUGCUGAGGAGUCUGCACCCGCUGAGGAGGCCGCUGCUCCUGCUGAGGAGACUGCUGAGGAGGCCGCUGCUCCCACUGAGGAGUCUGCACCCGUUGAGGAAGCCGCUGCUCCCACUGAGGUGCCUGGUUCUGCUGAGGAGGCCGCACCCGCUGAGGAAGCCGCUGCUCCCACUGAGGAGUCUGCACCCGUUGAGGAAGCCGCUGUUCCCGCUGAGGAGGCUGCUCCUGCUGAGGAGGCCGCUGAGGAGUCUGCACCCGCUGAGGAGACUGCUGCUCCUGCUGACGAGACGGCGGAAGAUGCUACCGCUGCCGAGGCUUCGGAGGAAGUUGACGUGGUGAUCAAAACUCUCGACGCCAAGAUCAAACAGCUGCAAGACUUGAUUGAAGCGACACAGAAUGCCUCUACGCAAACCUGGGGUGACAAAGUACAUGACUUGGAGAUUCAUUCGCGCAUCAAGAACAAGGAGCUACUGUGGGACUGCUCAGUUGUCCUCUCUGUCGUCAUCAUCAUGUUCUUCGUUCACUCUGUGCCAAGUAUUCACCUGGACCUGGGCUGGAUCGCCGUUCUGGGCGCUUUGUCGCUGUUAUUGCUGACAGACUUGCACGAUUUUGACCAGCUCUUGGAGCGCAUUGAGUGGGGCACGUUGCUGUUUUUUGCAGCCCUCUUCAUCUUAAUGGAGGCUCUCUCCGAACUGGGUCUCAUCACCUGGAUUGGUGACCAAACAGCUGCUCUCAUCAAAGACAUGCCUGAGGAUUCCCGGCUCAGCUUGGCCAUUAUUAUCAUUUUGUGGAUCUCGGCCCUCGCCUCAAGCUUCAUUGACAACAUUCCAUUUACAACGGCAAUGAUUCCCGUCAUUAAGAGCAUUGUUGCUGAUGAAUCAGUCGAUCUACCCCUUCGGCCUCUUGUUUGGGCCCUUGCCUUUGGUGCCUGUCUGGGCGGAAACGGGACCCUCAUUGGUGCCUCUGCAAACGUCGUCUGCGCCGGCAUGGCAGAACAAGAGGGCAUCACCAUUAGCUUUAAUCGUUUCUGUCGAGUAGGCUUCCCCAUGAUGUUGGUUUCAGUCACGAUUGCAAUGAUUUAUUUGCUCAUUUGUCACAGUGCCUUCAGCUGGGACUUGUAG